UCUUUAAAAUGGAGGGCAUGGCGAAAUUUUAUGCAUCUAGGCCAUCAAGGAAGCCUCAGAUGCGUAAAAAGAUCAGGUUUAACUUCAGACCAAACAAUUAUUCAGGCAAGAAGCGGAAAGUUGGCCAUGAGCUGCCCAAAAAGCUUGUUAAGAAGACCUUAAAAAAACAAAUGAUACAAGAGGAAGCAUCUGCGAAAGAUGUACCAAUGGUACCGGAAGAUCUAAUCACCAUGAAAGAUGUGUAUUCAGAGCAUAAAUAUUUCUUUGAUUCUCUUUUAAGAGAAGAUCUGCACAGAAGAAUUCUUAAAAGCUCUAAGUUCCAGUACGGCAAUUUUGAUAAAUUCUAUUCACUCAAUCGUAAAGAUAUGGCAAAUGUAAGGAGCAGAUUACAGGUCCUAUCACAAGAAUGGUUUUGAGACAAGAAGAUACUGGAUAUUGGCUGAAAUGAUGGAACCUUUACUCUGGCUCUCACUCUAGAUUAUGCCCCAAAACUAGUAAUUGGAGUUGAUAUAGAUAACAAGUUGGUAUCCAGGGCUAUUCGGAAUACUCAUAAAAUGACAAAUGACCUCAUAACAAAAUCUAUCAUUGAUAACUUUGAGACUACCUGAGAUUUCAGUGGGACAAAUAAAGACAGCCAAGAAACUAACGAGGAAGAGAAGAAAGAAGAAAGCACAGAAGAAAAACCAGAAAAUCCGAUAGAGACAAAAGAUCAAGCGGAGAAAGAUAAAGGGGAAAUUGUGGAAGAAGCAAAGGAAAAAUAUGAUGACAGAUUAGAGAGCAAAGCUCAGUCAGAAAUAGAUAAAUCAGAUAGUAAAUCUAUACCAACUGAUAAAUCUAAGAUAGCAAGUGACUUAGAUGAAAAGCUUUCUCCUAAGGAAUUUGAAGGAAAGGAUCAAAAUUCAUCAAAAUCCGAAAUUUCUCCUCAAAAUAUGACACUUCAAAAAGAUGCCAAAAAAGAGGGAAUCAGUCAAGAGGAAAUUCUCACAAAUAUAAAGAAUCUGCCAAAGUGAUUGAGGAUUUCUUUAUCAGUCCCUAGUGUGGUAAAGUCUAUUAGUACCAGAGAAGCUCUAACAAGCAGAAUUACAAAGGAGACUAAGGAUUUCCUCUACAAAAGGCUGUUCUUUAGAUGUGAAAAUUUUAUUGCAAACCUCGAGCCAACUUCUGAGAAAUUUGAUGUAAUUUUAUGCCUCAAAACAUCAAAAUGGAUCCACCUUAACUUUGGAGAUGCUGGAUUAAAAGCCUUAUUCCAUAAAGUAUUCGAGAGCUUAGCUGCUGGAGGACUGUUCAUCUACGACCCUUCCACUUGGAAGGGAUACAGAAAGAGAAAAUCUAUGGGAGAGAACUUAAAGGCAAACUUUGAGUCAAUCGACUUCAAACCUGAUGAAUUUGAUGAGUACCUAACGCAGAAAGUAGGGUUUAUCUUUAAGAAAGCUCUGAAAUCAAGUUCAAAGGAGUAUCAUCGUCCCCUCCUUGUAUAUGCUAAACCUGAAUAAUUUCAACAAAAUGAUAAUUUUGA